UUUCUUCCUUUUGGUUACUACGACCUCUAUAAAGAGGACAAGAGUAAUUUUAAGAACUAAGAGUGUAGUAGUCAACCGAUCCACAAUGACUUCCAUCACACACACAACCGAGCAGAUGCUGACCACAAGUCACGAAUCCCCUCCUGUAUGUCUGAAUAACUGCCUCCUUGUGUAUCCCAUCCCUUCCAUCGCCGAUGAAUCCUUCCUGGGGGCAAUUUUUCGCUCUAGGGUACGUCGCUCUGUCUUCAGCGGAUUUGGUCGGCACCGCUUCGCAAUAGUCGAGUUGGAUGAUGUGGAGCGUGCUGAAAAGGUGUAUGCGUGGGCCUCACAUCGGCUCGUGGAAGAAAAGAGUUCUGGUACCCAAAGUACCGACGAGCCUACCCUGCCUCUCCUGAACGGUGAUGAGGAUUGUACAUUGGCGGAGAUCGCCGAGGCCGUCGCUCACGAACAGGCGGCCAAAUCCAACGAUACCGCGGACCUCGACUACCUCUCCAACCUCAGAUGGAGCGGGAAGUACAGGAUCUACGUCGUCCCCAGUCCUUUCGCGAUACAAGAGCUUUUCGACUGCGGUGGUACCGUCCCACAGAAUAAAUCGUUCAACAAACGCGUCCCCCCCAAUGUCAACAAACGCGAUAUUCAAAGCAAACAUCAACCCGAGAGAGAAGCUGCGCUGCCACCUGACGACGUGCCCACGCCACGCCGAACUCGCACGGAAGGCGACGAGUCGCCUGGAAAAACAACAUUUCCCAAGGACUGUUGCCAAAAAUGUGGAAGUUCGGCGCACUUCACAAGGCAUUGCGAUGGUUCCGGGCCUCUCCCAUCGGCAAAGACAGAGGUGCAGGCCAAGAGUCCUUCCCGCGAAGACGUAGAGGUGGUGAUUGAGAGGAAACCCUCCACAUGUGAGGAGACGAAGGAUUAUCACCCUCCUAGCACCAACUUCAUCGACGGCGCGGACGCAGCGAGUGUGUGUAAAAAACCCACCUUUACGCGCACAUCGAAGGACCAAUGCAAGCACUGUGGUUCCGACGAACAUUUGUCGAGACACUGCCCAAAUAAAUAAACCUGUUGAAAACUAUGAACAUAUACGCUUAUAGGGCUCAUUGACGUACUAUGUGGAUACAUGGUGUAUACGAUUCUACUCUACGCUAAGUAAUGCUUUGUAUCUGCCCAGCUAACAGAUAAAAGGAGUUAAAUGAGCCGAUUAUGUUGUCUGACAUGUUUAGCAACAGAUUUUGUCAAACAACAGAAGAAACACACACACAAAAAAGGUUCCUAACAUUGGUGUUUCAAAUGUUCAAAGCACGUCUACUGUGUGAUUGUAAAAUAAGCAGGUAAA